AUGGCGACCUCUGCCGCCACCAGAUCCUACAACGUGACUGACGCCAACACGGCCGACAAGGAUGCGAUUGACGCGCUCAAUACGCUGCAGACGCCGUAUGAGGUAAUAGAGGCGCGACGCAAGGCGGGCAUCAAGCCCAAUGCCGCGUCCAUGCAAGAGAUGCGCAUCUAUCUCAACCGCAUCGGCUACUCGCCAUCCGACCUGGACCGCCUCAACAUCAUCCACGUGGCCGGCACCAAGGGCAAAGGCAGCACCUGCGCCUUUGUCGACUCCAUCCUCGGCGAGUACCGCGAGUCCCGCCACACCCCUGCCAAGACGGGCCUCUUCAUCUCGCCGCACCUCAUCGCCGUGCGCGAGCGCAUCCGCAUCAACUCGGCGCCCAUCUCCGAAGCGCUCUUUGCCAAGUACUUUUUCGAGGUCUGGGACCGCCUCGAGUCGUCGUCGUCGUCGUCGUCGUCAGCGCGCCAACCCGAUGACGAUGAAGACGGCGGCGGCACCGCGGUGCUGCCCCCCGGCAGCAAGCCCAUCUACGGCCGCUACCUCACGCUCGUCAGCUGGCACGCCUUUCUGCAAGAGGGCGUUGAUGUGGCCGUGUACGAGACGGGCGUCGGCGGCGAGUACGACGCCACCAACCUCGUGCCGCACCCCCUCGCCGCCGGCAUCACCACGCUCGGCAUCGACCACGUCUACGUCCUCGGCGACACUGUCGCCAAGAUUGCCUGGCACAAGGCCGGUAUCAUUAAGACAGGCCGUCCGGCCCUGACCGUCGAGCAGUUUCCGGACGCGGCCGAGGCCCUGCGCGCCCGCGCGGCCGACAAGGGCGUCGCGCUGCGCGAGCUGCCCGUCGACCCGCGCCUCGCGAGCGUGCGCAUCAGGCCCGCGGCCACGUUCCAGAAGCGCAACGCCUCGCUGGCCGUCGCGCUGGCCGAGACGGCCCUGGAGCAGCUCGGUGUGGCCAUGGACACGGGCGACGAUGGCAAGGGCCUGCCGCGGGAGUUUGUCCACGGCCUAGAGAAGACGAGCUUCCGCGGCCGGUGCGAGGUCAAGGCCGAGGACAAGAUUAUCUGGCACGUGGACGGCGCGCAUACCGCCGACAGCCUCAAGGUGUCUGCCAAAUGGUUCGCCAGCGAGACGGAAAAGAGAACCGGCCCGCGCGUCCUCAUCUUCAACCAGCAAGGCCGCGCCGAGGCCGUCGACUUUCUCGCCUCCAUCUGCGCCGCCAACAAGAAGCAGCCCGCGCCGCCGUCGUCGGAGGCGCAGUCCUUUGACCACGUCAUCUUUUGCACCAACGUCACGUACGCCGCGACGGGCUACAAGCGCGACUUUGUCAACCGCCAGGUCGACCCCGCCGAGGUCGCGGGCAUGACGGCCCAGCGGCGCUUCGCCGAGACGUGGGCGUGCCUCGACCCGGGCGCCGAUGUGCGCGUGCUCCCCAGCAUUGAGGAGGCGCUCGCCUGCGCGCGAGGGCUCGGCGCCGAUUUACCGGAGGGCAGCGCCGUGCAGGCGUAUGUCACGGGUAGCCUGCACCUGGUGGGCGGCGCGCUGGGAAUCCUGGAGCAGGCGGAUGCGCUGUAA